ACUAAAUGACGUAAUCCCUCCUACAGGGCUUGACAGCUCUGUUGCAGUAACGACUCACAGUCAGCGAGGAAAAGACAGAAGCUCCGUUAGCAAGACGUCGACCCACAUAACCUGUUUAGUCGCUUUAGCGUUACGGCUGAAAAAAACGUGUUUUAAGUCUGUUUUAAAAGUAUACGUUAAAAACAAGCCACAUUUUGUGUGUUUUUUCCUGACUUGGCUAACAAGCUGGCUAAUGUUAGCUGUUUCCUGGUUGAAGUUGCAGCCAUUUUGGAUUUUUACUGAGAAACAGCUAGCUGGCCGUGGCUUCAGGAGCAGUGUUAGCUAGCUAUCGCUCUCGUUUUCUUUGUUCACCGGGGCUGUUUAUCUGCGGACAGAGAAAAGAAGACAUUUUGCGAGAGGGUAUACGCUAUCCUACGAGUCAACAAUGAAUCCCGAAUAUGACUAUUUAUUCAAGCUGCUCCUGAUUGGUGACUCUGGUGUUGGAAAGUCUUGCCUUCUUCUGCGAUUUGCAGAUGACACAUACACAGAAAGUUACAUUAGCACUAUUGGUGUGGACUUCAAAAUACGAACCAUAGAACUAGAUGGAAAGACCAUUAAACUUCAAAUUUGGGAUACAGCAGGGCAGGAGAGGUUUCGUACAAUUACGUCCAGCUACUACAGAGGUGCCCAUGGGAUCAUUGUAGUGUACGAUGUCACAGACCAGGAGUCCUUCAACAAUGUCAAACAGUGGUUACAGGAGAUUGACCGCUACGCCAGUGAAAACGUCAACAAGCUAUUGGUUGGGAACAAGUGUGACCUGACAACAAAGAAAGUGGUGGAUUACACAACAGCAAAGGAGUUUGCAGAUUCUCUGGGAAUCCCCUUUUUGGAAACCAGCGCCAAGAAUGCCACCAAUGUGGAGCAGGCCUUCAUGACCAUGGCUGCUGAAAUCAAGAAGAGGAUGGGCCCCGGAGCCACAGCUGGAGGAGGGGAGAAGCCCAACGUGAAGCUGACUCCAGGUACUACUGUCAAGACUUCAUCAGGAGGGUGCUGCUGAGAGAGAAGCCCCUUCCACUUUGGCCCUGCCCUUUUACUCUGCAGGCCUGCCGGCCCUGCUGCCAUCCCCCUCUAAACUCCUCUGUGUCCCAGCAAAGGCCCACAACAACCAGACAGGAUUGGGAAGACAUGAUUCACGUAUAUGUGAGAAUAAGAUGAAGUUGCCUGUAUUUGUACUGUACAUAAUGUAGCCGCACUACCAAAAAUACGAUUAAAGCAUCCUUCUGUCAUACUGUCCUGGUAUUGAUGACAAAUUCUACAGAUAGGUAAUCAUUUGACUGGCCCGAGUCCCCAUCAUACCCCUUUUCUGACAUGUCAGAGAUGACUCCUUUAUUCGGUCCUCUGAAUGCAGGUUCAUGAGAACUGUGUGUGUGUAGAGUAAGUGAAUGUCGGUUUCUCUGCGUUCCUACAGCAGGGUUGGAAAAUGAAUCGGUUCCAUUUAGGUUUCUGUUUGAUUGGACCUUUUCUGUUUAUUUUUUUUCUUCAGUGAUGAUUUUUCUGUCUUUCUCAGUGUGUGUCAGUCUCUGUCCCCAUUUGAAGAUGUUUUUCAUUUUUCUCACCACCCUCUGCACAAGUGUCUCAACUGUCCAGCAUCCAAAUUCCAGUGCAACAGUAUAUGUACAUAAACAUUAUGUAUAUAUAUAUAUGUAAAAUCUGAUUUGCCAGUUCGGUUGUGUUCAAUACUUUAUUGAAACGGUCUUGACUCUUUAUCUUUGCAUUAAAUUUGUGGCUGAAGACAACUGUAAGUUUGUUGCUCAAUGUGUAACACUUAAACUGAAAAUAAAUAUUGUACUACCAGACUCUAUGAAAUGGAAGGGCGUGUCUGCAUUUUAUGGUAAGAUGUAGAAAACCCGUUUGAUUUAUUUAUUCUACAGCCAUUUGGCAUAUCUCCUGCUAGAUAUAUAGGGUCUACAAACUGUCGUGUGUAAUCUCAGUGCAGAUUUGCAUAUAUAAAAUACAAUGUUCUCUUGUUUUCAUAAUAAAGACAACUGAAAUCAUUCUGAAAGUA